AUGGGCAGGUCUUGGCCGCCAUUUCGAUCGGUUCGCCGCUUCGCUGUUUUGGGCUGUGGCAAGAAGCUUUUUGUUCAGGCUCCUAGCGACUACUCGGAGGCACCACCCGUGGAUCCCUUUGCUCCUUGUGGUGCAGAUGCCUUGCUUGUGGAUGCAGAGGAUCCAGCGUAUCGUAGUCAGAUUGAUACUCUUCUGGAUGAGCUGCCGGGCAUGCUUUGCGCAGAGGACCUUGCUGAACAGGCAGCCGGUUGUGCUGCUCUCAAGGCUGCCACGGAGUUAGUUGGAAGUCGAGGUGGAGGACAUGUUGUCAUGUUUCAUGCCAGCUUGCCCAACUCCGGUAUUGGAGCUCUUCGCCACAGAGACGACAUCAAGCUAGCUUCCGAGCCUGAAGGUGGAGGUCUUUUCAAUGUGCAGCAGCCCACCUUCAUCGAGGAAAUUGGCAAUGAUUGCCUGGUUCGCGGGGUUGCAGUCAGCGUGUUUUGCGCUCCUGCCACAGGGAUCUACAUUGACAUGGCUAGUCUGAGUAGAAUUCCCAGGAGAACAGGUGGAGAAAUAUGUUUCUACCCUGGAUUUGAUCCGAGCCGCGAUGGCGAAAGGCUGCAUUACGAUUUGUCCAGGACUGUAGUGCAGUCAUCUGUGUACAGCGUCAUGUUCAAAUUGCGGGUGAGCAAGGGGCUUGCCGUUGACAGUAUGCAUGCCACCUGGGAUCCUGAGGUGAUUGAUCCAAGCACCUUUGCUGUCUCUAGAAUGUCAGUUGAUGCAACAGUGGACUUUACGUUGGUACAUGGAGAGAGGAUAGAAGGCCAGAAGCAGGCUUACAUGCAGGUUGCUUGCCUUUACACAAGCAAGAAGGGCAAGCGGUUGAUUCGUGUUCACACACUGCAACUUCCUGUGACCUCUUCUUUAAGCAACGUAUUCCGAUACACGGAGAUUGACACUGUCACCAAUUUGCUCUUGAAGCAGGCUGCAGAUUCCGCGCUAAGUGGGAAUGGCAGUUUCAAAGACAAGCUUACAAAGGCUUGUGUGGAUAUGUUGCAUGCCUACCGGGCCAAUUGUGCCUCAAUGACUUCGGCUGGACAGCUGAUCCUACCUGAGUCGCUCAAGCUACUGCCGUUGUACAUUGGGUCCAUUCGCAAGUUUCCAGCCUUCCGAGCAGGUUCUGAUAUCAAGGUGGAUGACCGGCUGCUUGGGCAAAGCAUCAUGAAAGUACUGGGUCUUGACCGGCACAAGGCUUUUCAGAGAGUCAGAGCAAAUGUGGACCAAGAGACGCUCUACCAAGUGCAGGAUAUCAAUGACCUUCUGUUGCGCGCGGGAUUUUACGUCAAGCCUGCUCCACAUCGUGCUCUAAAGGCGAAGGUUACAACAAUCUCGGAGAAUGGUGAUGUCAUGAAAGAGGGAGGUGCAUCCGUCACGUGCAUGGUGACUGGUACAAGUCUCAUGUCCAAAACCCAGCCUGAGCCGCGUCCUUUUGUGGAAGAUAUGCAGGAUGGCACUUACAAUAUUCAAUUCGUCUGCGCCACACCCGGCAGCUACGAGAUCAAUGCAUUGGUGGACGGAAACAAACUGCCAAUGUGCUCGAAGGCCUAG